GCAAAGCAAACCAACACUCUCUCUCUCUCUCUCUCUCUCUCUCUAUCUCUCUCUGUUCUCCGCAAAAAGACACCCUUCAAAAGCCGAAACUAUCCUGUUCAAAAGGAACACUCUCUCUCACUCUCACACACUCUCAUUCUCUCUGUUUGAAAAAUAAAUUUUCUUGGUUUUCUUGGGUUUCCUUGGUUUGAGCCAAAGGGAGAGAGAGAGAGAGAGUGAGAGAGAUUUAAGAAGGUUUUUUCUUAACUGGGUUUUGGUAUUAUUUUUUUUUUGGUUUCGUUUUCUUUGGAAGUUGUAGGACUAUUUUGUGAAAGUCUGAACUGGGUUUGAUCAGAAAUGUCGACCCAGAAUCGCCGUUCGUCGUUUUCAUCAUCAACGUCGUCGUCUUUGGCAAAGAGGCAUGCCUCUUCUUCUUCAUUCUCGGAGAACAAUAAUAAUGUGGGAAAGGUUACUUCUGGACCUCCUAACAUGGCCAAGAGAAGAGCUCCUCUUGGUAACAUCACCAAUCGAAACAAUGUCUCUCAUUCUGGUUCCCGAAGCUUGGUUCCAUCGUCCACUAUGGUACCUUGCUCAACAAAAAUUGCCAAAGUGAAAAAGGGACAUAAUUCUUGCACUAGUAGUAAUGCAGUACUUUCUGGGAGCAACUUUCCCACUUCCUUGAAUGUCAAAUCAAGUACUGUUGUUUCUUGUAAGGCUACUUCUCUUCCAAGAAGGGAUGAAACUGUCUCGAGCAUUACUUCUAUUCGAGCUCCAGUCAGCAUGGACAUGUCACCAAGUAAAUCGGACAACGCUUCUGUUUCUUUGGAUGAGACAAUGUCUACUUGUGAUUCUUAUAAGAGCCCUGAAGUAGAAUACAUUGACAACAACGAUGUACCAGCUGUUGAUUCCAUCAACCGGAAGACAUUCAGUAAUCUCUACAUUUCCGAUCAUGCAGAAAUUAGAGGGAAUAUCUGUAACAGAGAUGCUAUUGUAGAGAUGGAAACAGGUGAUAAAAUUGUUGAUGUUGAUGAGAAUUUCAUGGAUCCACAGAUGUGUGCAACCAUUGCCUGCGAUAUUUACAUGCAUUUACGCGCAUCCGAGGCAAAGAAAAGGCCUUCAACAGAUUUCAUGGAAACAAUUCAGAAGGACGUAAAUCCCAGCAUGCGUGCAAUACUGAUUGAUUGGCUUGUCGAGGUGGCUGAAGAGUACAGGCUUGUACCGGAUACGUUAUACUUGACUGUGAAUUACAUUGAUCGAUAUCUUUCUGGGAAUGUAAUGAACAGACAACGGCUACAGUUGCUUGGUGUAGCCUGCAUGAUGAUUGCCUCGAAAUAUGAGGAGAUUUGUGCACCCCAGGUGGAAGAAUUUUGUUAUAUAACCGAUAAUACAUAUUUCAAGGAAGAGGUUUUGCAAAUGGAAUCUGCUGUUUUGAACUACUUGAAGUUUGAAAUGACAGCCCCAACAACUAAAUGUUUCUUAAGGCGAUUUGUUCGUGCUGCUCAAGGUGUGAAUGAGGUCUCAUCAAUGCAAUUAGAAUGCUUGGCUAAUUACCUUGCUGAAUUAUCUCUUCUGGAGUAUAACAUGCUUUGUUAUGCUCCAUCGAUGAUAGCAGCUUCUGCAAUUUUCUUGGCCAACUUUAUACUUCUCCCUUCAAAGAGACCAUGGAAUUCCACCUUGCAACAUUACACACAUUACCAGCCAAGAGAUUUGUAUGACUGUGUCAAAGAUCUUCAUCGUCUAUGCUCUAACAGCAAUAGUUCAAGUUUACCUGCUAUCAGAGAGAAAUACAGUAAGCAUAAAUACAAAUAUGUGGCGAAAAAGCACUGCCCUCCAUUGAUACCUCAAGAAUUUUUCUGUAAUUGAAGCCACUUGAGUCCAUUCAUAAUUACACUCCAAUGCUCUGUUGGACAGAUUUCUUGUCAUUUUUCUUCAUGGCCACUAGCUCUGAUUCCUUGUAAUGGAAUUUUCAAUUUUUUUUUUUUUCCUCUUCAUUGUAUAUUUUUCUUCACUCUUUUCUUCGUUUUGUUUUAUAUUUGGGCCAAUUGUUUUUGCAUGCUAUUGGGUUCUGGCUAAUAGUAGUGUUUUCAGUGGACAAGAAUCUGCUAGAAAAUAUCUUGUAUCAUAUGUUUUCUAUUUAUGGCAGAGUUUAAAUUCUGCAUUCCUACCCUUUA